AUGGGUCUCUCCGACUUUUUCUCUGACGUCGUCUCCUCCUUCGGGUUCACCGAGGCCCAGGCUGAGGCUCCCGUUCAAGACACCGAGACCGAGACCACCACUCAGGAAGAGCCCGCCGAGAAGGAGGAGUCCGCCUCCGUUGAGAGCGUCGAGACCGAGUCCGCCGAGGAGACCCCCGCUGAGGAGUCUUCUGAGGAGGCUCCCGAGGAAGAGGAGGCUGAGGCCGAGGAGGAGGAGGAGGAAGAAGAGGAGGAGGAUGAGCCCGAGGACAUCAAGCCCAAGCUCGAGGAGGAGUGCGCUCACUCCGCCGUCUGCGCUCCCUACAAGCACCACUACGACGAGUGCGUUGAGCGCGUCACCCGCCAGGAGGAAGAUGAGGACUACAAGGGCCCCAAGGAGGACUGCGUCGAGGAGUUCUUCCACCUCACUCACUGCGUGACCGCCUGUGCUGCCCCCAAGCUCUGGAGGGAGCUGAAGUAAACGACUCUUCCAUUGAGUCUUGACUUCGGCGUUCCAUCCAACCCUCGCAUCGAUCUAGCCUACGAAUAGCU